AUGGAGUUGGCUACAAAACGAGCAACUACAUAUGAUGCAUUACCAGAACACAAAUCUGAAUCAGAGAAUAAAAACAAUAUUAAACAAUCUACUCGUCCACAAAUAGGAUCAAAAAUUGUUUUUUGUUUUUCAAUUGCCGCUGUUAUGCUUAUCCUAAUAACUAUCAUUAGUAUUACAAUAUGGUUUAUUUCCAUUAAAAUAGUCGAACCAACAAUUAAUACAACCACAGCUACAAUUGAUGCAUCGACAACAGGAACAACAAUUCUUGCAACGUCGACAACAACAACAACAAAAAUGCUUACAACGUCGAUAACAGAAACAACAAUGCUUAUAACAUCAACUAAUUCUCAUACAAUAACAAAGAAUGUAUCUAAAUUCAACAAAUGGAAGCAAUAUGCCAUUACUGUAGCCGGCGGAAAUGGAUAUGGAGAAAAAUUAAAUCAACUCAGGGGCCCUGCUGGAAUUUUUAUUGAUAAAAAGAAAAAUGUUUUCAUUGCUGAUGGUUUUAAUCAUCGUAUUGUUGAAUGGAGAUAUAAUACAAGAGAAGGACAAACUAUUGCAGGUGGAAAUAAACAAGUAAAUCGAACAGAUCAAUUGAAUUAUCCAACAGAUGUGAUUGUUGAUGAACAAAAUCAUUCGAUCAUCAUUGCUGAUUAUGGGAACAGACGAGUGAUUCAAUGGAUGAAUCAAAGUCAACAAAUUCUGAUUGAAAAUAUUUACUGUUUCGGCUUAGCAAUUAAUAAAAAUGCAUUUCUUUAUGUCUCUAAUCAUAAGAAGAAUGAAGUGAGACGAUGGAAAAUGAGUGAAUAUAACAAUGAAGGAAUUGUAGUGGCAGGUGGCAAUGGACAAGGAAAUCAACUAAAUCAACUUAGUUUUCCUAAUUUUAUUUUUGUUGAUGAAGAUCAAUCUGUUUAUGUAUCAGAUUCUUCCAAUAAUCGUGUGAUGAAAUGGAAAAAAGGUGCAAAAGAAGGACAAAUUGUGGCUGGAGGAAAUGGUUAUGGAGAAAAUCUUAAUCAAUUGUCUUUAUCUGAAGGAGUAGUUGUUGAUGAUUUUGGUCAAAUCUAUGUGAUAGAUUGGGGGAAUGAUCGAGUAAUGCGUUGGUGUGAAGGAAAAGAAGAAGGUGAAAUUAUUGUUGGUGGAAAUGGCCAAGGAAAUCAAUCAAAUCAGUUGUAUUAUCCCCGUGAUUUAUCUUUUGAUGAUGAAGAAAAUCUGUAUGUUGCUGAUUCGGAAAAUCAUCGAAUUCAAAAAUUUGAAAUAAUUUUGUGA